GGGAAGAGGUUGUACGUAAACGCUUACACUAACAACAUUUUGCUCUACAUUUUGUUAAGGCAACAGCGGAAACGCCAUCAUGGUCUGGGUGACGAGGGCCGAGGGAAGAGAGACAGGCCUCUACGGAACGUUGAGGAAGAAACACCGAGAAUUGUAUUGCGUCCCUUGUGUCUUGUAGGCAUUGCAGAUCGCCACAAUGAUUGUAGAGGUCCUGCUAUUCGUGGUGGGAGCGAUUCUGCUUCACUAUUGGAUUUCCAGACCUCGGGGAAUGCCACCAGGCCCGAUGGUCAUACCAUACCUUGGCUCCAGGCCUGUCUUCAAUGUCGAGCAUGUGCAGAAGAUGCACAAAAUAUAUGGUGAUAUAUUUAAGGCGGAACUAGGGCCGCACAAGUUUAUAUUCCUUUGCAACAACAAACUUAUCAAGGAAGCGUUGGCAAAGGCUGAAUUUGCUGAUCGUCCCCAAUUAGAAAUGGUGCACUUUCUGACUGAUGGACAAGAAGCGGGUGUCGUAAUGAGCAACGGCAAGCGAUGGCAGAACGCUCGGAGGUUCCUGCUGCGCAACCUUCGCGAUCUCGGGAUGGGAAAGACCUACCUGGAGGAGAGCAUCCUGGAGGAGGCUAGAGCGCUGGUCAAGGACUUCAAAUCCAACGCAGGAACGCCUUGUCACACGCCGGAGUCGCUCAAUAUUGCCGUCUUGAACAUCAUUUGGCAGAUGGUCGCAAACAAGCGCUACGAUCUCCACGACAAAGAAGUGCUCAACCCCAUCGCCAUCUUGAGGUCCAUCGACGCGUCCUCCAAGGUCUUGUUGAUUGAGUUCAUCCCUUGGCUGAGGAAACUGCUGCCAGAAUUCGUGAAGGAAAAAUUACUGACAGGCAUCAUGAGGAAGGUCAAAGACAGCAUAGUGACUUUAUUGAAGGACACGAUAGAUUCUCACAGAGCCACCCUCGACCCGGCCAACCCGCGUGACGUCAUCGAUGAAUAUUUGAUAGCCAUAGACGAAAAGAGCGAAAUUGCUGAGUACUUCGGUGAGCUGGAUCUGAUGAGGAUCAUCUUCGACCUGUUCGCCGCGGGCUUUGACACGACGGCCAACACCCUGCGCUGGAUCAUCCUCUACAUGGCCAGGUUCCCCGAAGUGCAGCGCCGCGUCCAACAGCAGAUCGACGAGGUUGUCCCGCGCGACACCUUGCCCUCAUACCAGCACAAGAGUCGGCUGCCGUUACUCGAAGCGACGAUCCAGGAGGUUCUUCGCUCAUCGUCCAUGAUUCACAGCGGAGUCCAACGCGCAGCUCAGACUGAUACUUACUUGGGAGGCUACUUCAUUCCGAAGGGGUCGUGGGUGUUCGGGUGCUCGGGAAUAUGCCACAUGGACUCACGCUACUGGGAAGAACCGCAGGAGUUCCGACCCGAGCGGUUCCUCGACCAAGAAGGAAAAGUCAAAACGCCAAAGGAGGGACUCAUGCCAUUUGGUUCAGGACGAAGGAGCUGUCUUGGAGAGGCUCUGUCAAGGAUGGAACUAUACAUAUUCACGGCAGCCCUUCUGCAGAACUUCACUUUCUCCCCUCCAGCGGGCGUCGAGGUCGACCUAGAAGCCAACCCCAAACAACCUGCUUCACGUAUGCCAAAAGAGCAAAAUAUUGUCAUCAGCAUCAGGGAAUGAUAACCUAGUCGUCUUGCACUUUGAGAGCAAAUUUUGAUUUUUCGAUCUUCAGUUUCUCCAGUACCUACAUGUUCAUGUUAUAUCGUAUAAGGCAUUAUAUAUUAUCAUUAUAUGAUCCAAAAAUAGUAUGCUCAUUCUUAUUGUCAUCCUGUUGUUGUUUUUACUUCUGAAGUUAUUAUUGCCUUUUAAUAUUAUCGUUUUUGUCAUGAUUUCUGUCGUUUUGUCGGUAGUAUCAUCUAAAUGUAAACCAAGAGGGAAGAGAAAGCUCAGGGAAGUUUUGUGAUUGAUUAUAAAGUCUAAAAUAUUCUUGUUGUUAAAUCAAUAUUAAGAGCUGGUCAAUAGAAAUUAGAUUGACCAAAAUG